AUGGCUUCUACUUCUUCCCGCUCUUAUGAUGUCUUUCUCAGUUUUAUAGGAGUAGACACUCAUGAUUCCUUCACUGCUCAUCUCUAUAGGCAGUUGUGCCGCAACGGAAUCAACAUUUUUUUAGAUGAUGAAGGGCUUGAGAGAGGGCAAGUCAUAACUCCUGCACUCGUUACAGCUAUAGAGAACUCCAAGUGCAGGAGAACAAAGGGACAGAGGGUUAUUCCAAUUUUCUAUAAUAUCGAUCCAUCAGAUGUGCGGAAUCAAAGGGGGAAAUUUGGAGAAACCGUGGUUAAACAUGAAAAGAAUUUGGCGAAUAGGGAAAGGGUGCAGAUUUGGAGGGAUGCUCUUACUGAAGUUGCCAAUUUAUCUGGUUGGCAUUUAAGGAAUAAGAAUGAGGCUAAGCUUAUUGAGGAGAUUGUUCGAAGCAUUUUGGAAGGCAUGGAUAAGACUCCGAUAAAAUCAAUUGAUGAUGGUAUGGCCCAAAAGAUACGAUCUGUUCAGAGAAUGAGGGAUCUUAUUCUGAGAACUUUGACACAAUGGGCUAGUGAUCGCCAUGAUAAUGCUAUCGCGAGAGAUUUGAUGUCAAUAGCGAGUGUAAUAAGGGCUUUUAUAAGAUCAUAUAGUCCCAAUGACAUUGCUAUCGUGACAGAAUUGAUACAAUUGGUUGGUGCAAUAAGAGAUUCUAUAGAAAUAAUUGGUCCCCAUGAUGAUGCAAUCGUGAGAGCUUUGAUACAAUUAGCUAAUGAAAUGGAGGCUCUUACACAAUCAGUUAUUUCCAAAGAUAAGGUAUCAUGA